GGGAAUCUCUUUGGUAAUUGCUCAUUUGCAACACUGGCCUUGAACUGAACACUCCUUUGCCUUCCACUUGCAGGGUGUCAAUCAACCCCACAGCACAGCGGGAGGAAGCUCCCCACGAGACGCCAGCAUGGAUUCUUCGUAUUGCGGAGGCAUCGCGACGAGGAGAGGAAGCUACGACGAAGCUGGAACCUCUCUGCGUCCUCACUUCCGAAAUAUGGCUCAGAGACGUCGCUCUGCCCCGUCAUUGGUUUUGGGGAAGGCUUUGGGCAUGCCGUGGUCUCCAAUCAGGGAGGAGACCUCCUGCUGGGUCUCAGUGGAGCACAGUCCGUUCGUCCACGGCCUCACCAGCGAGAACGGAGAGCUGCUGCUGGACGAGUGCGUUCACGUGACGGAGGGCACAAAAACCAGAGAGCGACACCUCUUCCUUUUCGGUGACGUCAUCGUCUUCGCUAGGAUCAAGUCGACAUCCAGCUACCGUGUCGAACACCGAGUGAAACUGGAGGACGUCUGGCUUCACGCUUUCCAAGAUGAGGCCGAGCACGACGAGGGAACGGCGGAGGACGCGGAUCUCAGCGUGACCCUCGCCUUGGCUUGGGGCCUCACUUUUUGUCUGGUGUGUUUUUGUUCUCCUGAGGUGAAGGCACGCUGGUUUGAUACCCUCCACAGUAAAAUACAAGAGGCAAGAGCCAGGGCUGGUUGUGCUUCUUCUUGUCCAGACAUCCUCAUGAAAGUAUUAGGUGGCAUCACUGCAACAAAAAAUCUCAUCGGAGGCGGCAUGGAAAUGUUAGUCAACUUUGAUGGAGAUGUAAAUACUUCGGCUGUGUCCCAGUUGUUGAAUAACCAAGAUGAAAAGCUGUUGCAGACACUUGAAACUAAGUGGAGCUUGGUGAGGAAGCUGAAGAAGGGCUCGACUUUCAUCAGCAAAGCAACUCGGUCAGACGCCAAGACUCAGCUUUUUGGACGGCCCCUCUGCAAAGUGUGUCCGGAUGACAGCUCUCUCCCUAAACCCAUCACAGAGAUGCUGGUGUUGCUGAGGAAAAGGGGGCCGUCCACAGAGGGAGUGUUUCGGAAGCCGUGCAAUAACAAGAACAUGAGGGUCGUCAGGGAUCGGCUCGACGGCGGCCUGGAAGUGGACAUGAAGGCGCAGCCUGUGGCUCUGUUGGUCGGGCUGCUCAAAAGUUUUCUGAAAGACCUUCCUGGGAGCCUGCUGGUGUGUGAACUUUACAAAGAGUGGAUGACUGCUCUGCAGGGGGAAGAGAGCCAGCAGAGAGAGCAAGAGCUCAGAAGAGUGGUAAACAAGCUCCCCGGUCCCAACAAGCUCCUCCUGCAGUACCUCGCCUGCGUCCUCUAUCACAUCCUUGAGAAUGCUGACCACAACAAGAUGGACGCCUACAACCUAGCGGUGUGCAUCGCCCCGACCUUGCUGCAAAUGGAGGUCACGCAGCUUGAAGAGCAGAAGGAGACGAUGAAAAAGGUCACAGAGCUCACUCAAUUCCUGAUUGAACACUGUGAGAUCCUUGGAGAGAAUAUCCCACACCUCCUGGAUACAGAUGAAGACUCUGUGUCCUCCCAGCAUCACGACUCGGCGUACGACAGUACCGAUCCGGACGGAGAUGGCGACACCGGGGGAAGCGGAUCGUCUCCCAGCCUCAGCGUCACCAUUUCGACAUCUUCGUCCGACGCGAUCUUCAAUUCCAAGCCUGCCUUCAACCGUCGCUGCUCCGAGCCCAUCAUCCUGCCCUCGGUCGACGCGUUGAACCUCUGCGGCCAUUCCAGGAGUCACGACGACUGCUCCGUUGAGAACUUCGCAGAGCAGCCUUUGAAAAAGCAGAUCUCUGAAGAUUCCUUCUGGCAAACGGGACAAAGAGGAAACCAGCGGCCUGGUUUGUCUUUUUCAAAACUGAGCAGCUGCUCUAACAUAGACCGGCUUAGCUACACCGGGAAUCAAGUCACGGGCUGCUCUAGCUCUUCCCUCGAGAGCGCCGCCUCCAACCAAUCCGAGAGCUCCGUGUUCACCAGCUCGCCGGCAGGCUCGCCACCAUGCUCCAGGAGAACAAGCCACAACAUCGUGGAUCCUCCGAGGCCUGAGGAGGACUCACCGGUGUUGAUUUCAAGUGAGACCAAGCGUUCAAAUUCGUUAAGAGCUGCCUGUAAGGUCCUGAUGCGCACCAGGAGCUUAGGAGGUUUCAGCAGGAAUAGCCUGAAGAAGGAGCACCAGAACGAUAACGCCUUCCCUUGUGGAACGCUCCAGGAGGACUCUCAGAGAGAAGCGCUCUCUCCGACCGAGCCCAAGCAGCGGCCCCUGUCAGCCAUCGAAGUGUUCAGGCAGAUCGACAGUAGGCUGCCCUGCAGGCCGCCUCCGUACGAGCAGGCGGUGCACAACGCGCCUCUUGUGCCGCGUUACGGUUCCAUGACUGUAUAUGACGCCGUAGCUCUGGAAAGAAGAUCCCGCCCGUCUUCUGGGAAUUAUUCCUUCCCGCCGAGCUACUUCGACAGCCGCCGCACUGACAGUUGCAAGCGAGAAGCACAAGAUGAAAGUGCAGAGGGCAACCUGAUCACCCGCCAGAGGGCCGUGUCCGAGUCCGUGUCCGCAGCGGGUCAUCGGGAGGCCGUAUCACGGAGAUGCAGCCAGUCUGCGUUUGAGGAAUUUCCAUAUGCUAAAGAGUCCUAUGUUUGACUGAACAUCAGACGGCUGCACAUAAAGUAAAUGACUAAUUAUACUCAACCCGUGUCUUCGAGGCACACAACCCAUAGCUUUCGGGCCAGUUUUCACUCUGUGUGUUCUACUUUUGGCUGGAAUUGGAUUUUCCCCCGAUAAUUGUGCCUCAGCAGGACAUUGUGCCCCCAAUUGCUCCCCCACGAUUCAGUCAUUUUGGACUAUGACAUAACGCUGGCAGCCUCAUGACAAAGGGACUGUGUUUCCAGGCUGCAGCAAUUGAAAAUGAGCUUUUCUUUCUCUCUCCCUGCGGUCAAACUCUGUUGGAGAAAUGCGUUUUCAUAUAAUGCAAUUGGUUUAUUGUUCUCUGAAUUCUGUGUGCUACAUGUAUACCACAUAUGUAUAAAUGUUUACACAUACAGUAGAUGCCAUUCCUGCGUAGUCGUAUUACUACUUCCCGAGUAGUACUAUUAUUGAGUACAAAUGUACAGUAUUGAUACAUAUUUAGUCCAUCAAAAUGAAGCUAUUAAAGUAUGUUUGUCUGUUUGUUUUGAUUUUAAUAUUUAAUGCAGUAAUGUGCAAAAGUCUUUGGCCACCACAACCUGUGUUGUUUUAAUGACGGGCAUUUUGAUAUAAAAAAAUGGGAACAGUGUGCAUUUUUAACUAGUAAAUAAUACUGAUUGUCAUGUACAGUCCAGCUUCUUACAAGCUAUUGAAGUAUAAUAAUGUAAAUGGCAAAUAAACGUGUACUACGGGGGUGGGGGGGUUGUCACACUAAAUGCUUUUCACUUGAGCCUUUUUUCAGUUUUUUGUAUCAUCUGCUUGUAUACAAUUGAAGAGACAAAUAUGGUAAUUUUUGCAAAGCUACACAACACUAUAAUAAUGGCCUUGAACUUUUGCACUUUACUAUAUUUAAAUACAGUCGUGACUUAAGUAUGUGUUUUCCUUGCUUGUUGUAAUGGCCUUCUUGUUCCACUACAUUAAAUGACAUUGUUGACAAUAA